ACUUCCCAUUUCACAUGAUUCAUUAAGGGGUGUAAAGGUGCAUGUAGCCUAAUAUGGUCCAUUUGUUACAUAAUGCAAAACAAACGACAUGCCUGCCAACAGGUAUUAGUACUGUACAGUGUGUACUCGCAAUAUAUUGGCUCCACUAGGGGCACCAUUGAGCCUGAAAUAAAGGUUUAUCCAAAACUCCUCUUCUUGAUGUUCUGCAGUUCUCGUCGGGAUGAUGAAGGAUAGCAGCCAGCUAGGGAAAUGGCUCUUAUUGCUUUCAAAUGAAUGAUUCCCAGAUUUCUUGCAUAAACCAUUGGGCUGGGAUGGUUUGUUCGGUGGCUGACUGUCAGAUAUCUACUUGAUGGAUUCCAUUGAACAUUAUUAUUAGAAUGCAACCAACUGCCUCAAUCACUGAAGACUUUGACAAAGUAUCACCUUGCUUGACAGAACAGGUGCUUCUUGUGAAGGAGGCCUCCAAACUGUCCUCGAUUUACUGAACUGGAAUGCAAAAUGAAGACAUCCCAGACCAUAAAUCAUGACUCUGGUUUACCUGUCGAUUUUUGACGGACGUAUAAAAUAAUCACUUGAUGUUUCGGUGUGUGUCUGCAGGAUACUGACUCUUUCUCUCUCUCUCUCACACACACACUAAAGGACAACUUCUUGUAUCAAUCCAGAGUUCCCAAAGAGGACCGUCAAAAUGUUUUCGGCUCUUAAGAAGCUGGUGGGCACCGAGCCUGGCCAGCUAGGAAACAAAAGCAUUCCAGCUGGUUUGCAGUCAAUGAACCAGAGCCUACAGAGAAGGUUUGCCAAGGGAGUACAGUAUAACAUGAAGAUCAUCAUCCGUGGAGACCGGAACACGGGAAAGAGUGCCCUAUGGCACCGACUACAGGGGAAGAAGUUUCUGGAAGAGUACAUCCCCACACAAGAAAUCCAGGUCUCCAGCAUCCACUGGAACUAUAAAACGACAGACGACGUUGUCAAGGUGGAAGUUUGGGAUGUGGUGGACAAAGCAGGGAAAGGCAAGAAGCGAGGAGAAAUGCUGAAAACGGAGAAUGAACCCCUGGAGAAUGAGACUGAGAUGGCUCUGGAUGCAGAGUUCCUGGACGUGUACAAGAACUGCAAUGGAGUCAUCAUGAUGUUCGACAUCACCAAACAAUGGACAUUUGACUACAUCGUGCGGGAGCUGCCCAAAGUGCCUACCCACGUGCCUGUCUGUGUGUUGGGCAACCAGAGGGACAUGGGCGAACACCGGGUCAUCCUACCCGACGACACCCGAGAGUUCCUCUGUCACCUCAACAGGCCUCCAGGUUCUUCUUACAUCCACUACGCUGAAUCUUCCAUGAAGAAUGGCUUUGGCCUCAAGUACCUGCACCGCUUCUUCAAUAUCCCCUUCUUACAGCUGCAGAGGGAGACCCUGCUGAGACAACUGGAGACCAACCAGCUGGACAUAGACGCUACUCUGGAGGAGCUCAAUGUUCAGCAGGAGACUGAGGACCAGAACUAUGGCAUUUUCCUGGAGAUGAUGGAAGCCAGAAACAAAGCUGGCUUCAGCUCCCCGGGGGGCCCUUCCAACGGCCAGAGCCCCUCCUCAGGCUCCCAGUCCCCCAUCGUCCCGCAGAGCGGGCCCUCUACUCCUGGGGCCUGUCCCAGCCCCUGCACCCCCCAGCAACCCCCUCUCCCACCACCGCCUCUAACUAUCUCCAACCCUAUCCCCAGGUCAGUUCAGGGUCCCCCCUCCUACACCAACCCUAACCUUAACCCCUGUCCCCCUCUCCAGAACACUGCACUCCCUAGGGGUCCAGGUCACCCACAGCAGCCCCCGGCCCCCCAGCCACUGCCCCCAACCCCUCAGGGGCUCCACCAUGGGGGAACCACACCUGUCCCGACCCCCCAGUCACCCAGUGUCACCCAGGCCCCCCCUGCCCAGAAGAGAGGCUUCAUGUCGCGCCUCUUUGGAUCAGCCACCUCUGAGACUCCCGCUGAUGGCACAGACGAGAAGGUGCGGAAUGUGGAUGACUUUGUUCCCGAUGUGGGCACGGCCCGUAGCUUCCCGGAGGAGGGGGCUGCUGCCAAAGCCAAGGAGAAAGCUGGAAGAGCAGGCAACAUGGACAGUGACAGUGACGGUGAGGGCCGAGGGGGGAACCCCAUGGUGUCAGGGUUCCAGGACGAUUUUGCCCCAGAUGAGCUGUGCCAGUCUGUCCCCAAAUCUGUGCCCAAGGCAGCCACCGUCCCCAGCAUGGGCAUCACCCUGACCAGCGAUGAAGAAGAUGAGGGGACGAAGGCACUUAACGUCGUCCAGGACGGUGGAUCGGACAGAAGGAGAUCCUCCAACGCUUUGAAGACUCAAAACAAGACCGGAGAAGCCAAGAAACCAGCGGGCUUAAAGAUGUCGUCCGAGCCCGUCUCAUUCCUGAACCCGACCCUAGCCCCGGUGCAGUCCAUGCGGGCAGGCAAGAAGAAGGGAGGGGAUGAAUCCUCCCACUCAGACCAAGAAGCUCCAGGGGACGAUCAGAUGCUCUCCUUCGUCAUGGACGAACCAGACUAUGAGGACGAGGAGUUUGAGAAGCCCAAGAAAAAGAAGGAGCCUUCGGCUGUACUGGAGGACCUGAAGCUGGUCCAGUCCUCUGUUCUCCCCAUCAAGAGUGACGACCUGGACCUGUUUGGACUGGGAUUCCAGGAUGUGGCGCCCAAGAGCAAGGAAAGCAGUGAGGACCAAGAUGACCGAGAAAGUAGAUCCUCAACAAAGGACAAGAAGAAGAAGAAGAAGAAAAGCAAAGAGGAGGACGACAAAAGCAGCAAGAAACGACACAAACAGAAGAAAAAGGAGGAGUCAGGGAGCGGAGACGAGAAAGAGAAGAAAAAGAAGAAGUCAAAGUCGACCAAGAAAACCGGAGGCGUGGUUGACGACCUGGAGUCUUUCCUCGCCGGAGACGUAGACUACGAGGAGAUGUAGAAUAUCCCCCCCAGCAUCCAAUCAGGACUACGUUCUACUUCAGCGUUCUAGGGUCAGGAUGUAGCCAUGAAGACGAGAGAAUGCGUCGACUGACUGGCUGAGUGAUCGAAGACUGCAAUUCUCAUUGGGUGAUAGUUAUUUCCCACUUCCUGACAUUGUGGUGCCUCUACAGUGGUUAGAUUUUGAUAAUUUGUGAUUGACAUUGACGUUGUUUGUUUUGCUUACCCUUUUACUGUACAUGCAACACUACCGUCAUACAACAACACUACCGUCAUACAACAACACUACUGCAAAACUGUAGCUGGUAUAUCCAGGUUUUGAGUUUACGCUCAGAGGACAAAACCACCAUUACUUUGAUGUUUCCACGGUUGAAUGCACUUGGGUACACUCACUGCAAUGUCUUUGCUAUUCCAUUAGUCUUUUUCCAUUGGGCCUGCUUUCUGGGAAAGGCUUUAGAACUGACCCUAGUACGGAGUUGUGACUUUCUAUAUGGGAGCGCUCUCCUUUACGCUGACCAGUGUUCAGGAGUCGGGGGACGUGUGUGCAUUCAUUAUGAAUUAUGUUGAACAUUGCUUCAGCAGCGAUAUAAAUGUUAUUUAUGUUUAUCUGGUGUUGGCUUUUCGAACUACGACUAUGUCUAGGUACAGUAGGAGUUUGUGAGUGUUUACUGAACAAGACAUUUUGGGAGUUUCUCUGAACUGAUUCAGCAAAUUUCACUGUGCAUGAUCAUUUUGUUUUGGUUUGAUGUCAAUGCCUUAAGGAAAGCUUUACUUCAACACUGGAAAGGGUUACUUUAACACUGGAAAGGGUUACUUUAACACUGGAAAGGGUUACCUUAACACUGGAAAGGGUUACUUCAACACUGGAAAGGGUUACUUCAACACUGGAAAGGGUUACUUCAACACUGGAAAGGGUUACUUUAACACUGGAAAGGGUUACUUUAACACUGGAAAGGGUUACUUUAACACUGGAAAGUGGCGAUAUGAAUGCCUUUUAGUAGUAGAGAUCUGAUUGUUCAAUGAUGCCGUCAUUCUGGCAAAACACAAUGCAAGGGAAGCCAAGAUACAAUGUUUUUUUUUUUCAACCUGCCGUUCUGUCAUGUUGUUGUUUUUACUAUGGGGCAGUUGUACAAUGUCAUUUGACAUUUUUUCUCAUUUCUUCCGUUAACCAAAUGAUGUGUUUCUUGAGACAUGUUUUAAUAUUUCCGUGGUUACCUGUAACUUUUACACUAGUUUGCUUGGAUCCUAUUUCUUGAUGUUGCUGAGCACCAUGUGGGAUGGUUUUGCUGUGUAGAGUGAUAUCUCAUAGCCCUUACUGAACUUGUUUACUUUACUGUAGGGGAGUGUGGAAGUCUGCUAGUCAGUCAUAACUACACACUACUAUCUAUCUACACUCCGAUCCAGGGGAUGUUUACAACAAAGUAAAUGGCCUAAAGCUAUUCAUUCCACCUUAAGUCCCCUUAGAAAGAAUUGACAAAAUAUCAGGAAUGUAUUUAGAUAUCAUACAAGUAUGCAUUGUUACCAUUCCAUAUUUAUUUUGAAAUAUUAAGAAAAUAUUUUUGGACAUUAAACAAAUCCCAUGUUAAUAUAUCCAUUAUAGAAAAGUAUAUGCACAAAUAUUUAUUCAUGCAUUUGUACUGCAUAUUUCUCUGUGUGUUUUUACCUUGCUCCUCUCUGUUGUCUCUAAAAUAGGUAUUUUGGACUGUCUUUAAAAGAGACACUACAUAUCCAAUUCCACCCAGCCAUCUAGGAGCCGUGACUCUAGUUUACUGCUAGUUAGGUAUCCUUACCACUGCCUCACUGUAUAUCAUCAGGGAGAACAUGCAACAUUUCCAGACUGUGUAUCGGAACCUACUGUACAUCAAUAGAACUCUUACUUACGUCAAUAGAACUGUUCCAUCAAUAGAACUCUUACUUACAUCAAUAGAACUGUCCCAAGAGACGGCUCUGCGAGCGUUUGUUGAAUCAGGUAGACCUCUAGCUCUGUCUUUCCCUGACCGCUCGUAUAUUCUUGGUUCUCUCUGGUUGAAGGCGGUAUACUCUGGGGACACCGGGGUCCCCUCACACCUUAUCCCCUCUUCUGGCUUAGUCCUCUUUCUCACCCUAGGGAGUGAUGUCAUUUUUUGCUGUAGCCUAACCCUCCCAGCUGGCUUGACGGGAGGGAACCCAAUGUGGCGAGGUGGACUCCCAGGCUGACCAUGUGGUCAUCCUCAUGCAGCUGUCAGGCUAGCUGCUAGGCCAGGGCACCCACCCCUACCGCUCACUAUGGAGCAAAUCCUAACUUCCUCUCCAGUCAAAUAAUGUCAGUUGGUGUCCUGUUGACAUUAACGCAUGACUAAGUGGAAGUUAGGAGUCACCCCUAUGAAAGUCAAAUCCCAGGCGAGCCAUGUCAACUCAUCUGCAUGAGCGUCACUGUGAGAAACAACAACACACCUGGCUGUAUCACUGUAGAAUUUGAAUUUGUAGAACAGACAUUGUUAGUGCAUACAUUAUGGAGGAAUAGUGUCUUUUCUAGGCAUUCUAAUUCUGUGUUUAUGUAAUAUAACCCAGUCCUACCCAGACCUGUUUUGUUUUUUGGUGGUUGAUUUUGUUUCAUUGAAUUAUUCUGCUUUUUGUUCAAUGAUGUGUGAAGGAAUUUAUUUUGAUUCAUGUAGCUCAAACCAAUGCAACUUUUUGUUUACUGCUUUUUCUGUGGUAUGAUGUCUUCUGGGUAAAGUUAAAACAGGAACCAUCCAAAUCAUGCAAACUGCCAGUGAAAUGUGGCAACAAGCGAACUUAUUGCUGUUACCUCUUGGUUACAUUUUCCCAAAAAUUCCACCUUGAUUGUAAAUGUAAUAUCCGUUGUGCAUUGUCUUCAUCUUGCUCCCUGCAUAUUGUCUUUGUUGAGGUAGUUGUGUGUAUAGUUGAUUGAACUGUUGGUUGAAUUUGGUCUGUUUAUGUGUAUGCAUCUGAAUAUAUUGAGAGAUGGUGGGCAACUGGGGGGGGAAGAGAUUAUUUUGACAUUCCUCUUAUGCAUCUACACACUGUAAGUGAUAAAAUUGUCUAAUAAAUGCAAAAAUAAUUUCA